UGACUGGUUACCGAGAGCUGAUGUAGGAGCAAACUGCCUUCGCGUUGAAUAUUAUAUCGUUCCGAGGUUUAGAAAGGUCCAAAGUACAGUUUUUUCGUAGUAAAUCUAUUUCCGUUCAAUACACCGCCGUAUUUUAAAUGCUUCUCUAAUGAACGGCGAAGAAAACGAAGCAAAGUUCGACCCUCUCGAAGAAAACGUCGACAUUCAGUUACAAGGUUAGUCAUCGGCUUUAAUUACGUAGCUUACAUUUCCUGUGGAUUUUCGCAACUUUAUUUUCUUAUUCAUGUUUUCUGUGUAGUUGUGGGAACGACGAGGGAUGAACAGAUCACGGGAAAUUGCCUGAUUUGCGGAGAUCGAUCGACUGGGAAACAUUACGGGGCCGAGUCCUGUGAUGGCUGUAAGGGGUUUUUUCGGCGCAGUGUGAGAAAGAAUCAUCAGUAUUCGUGUAGAUUUCAGCGAACGUGUGAAAUCGAUCGAGACAAACGAAAUCAAUGUCGGUAUUGUCGAUUAAAGAAAUGCUUUCGCGCUGGUAUGAGAAAGGAAGGCAAGUAUUUUGCAUCUUCGUUGCGCGAAAGCUCGUCAGUUUGAGCUGUGAACACUUUGCUAUGUCGCGC